AUGGAUCCUCCGCUCGUCAGUUUCCCGCUUCUUCGGACAUGGAUACUCCUGGUCGCCAUGACAACGCAGACGACAGAAGGAGUGUGUCCAAUAUCAGGCUAUGCCAGUCUUAACGGAGUUUGCUACAAGAGUUUUGCUGAGGAGAAGACAUACGAUGAGGCUCGGCAGACUUGUGCCUCAGACGGCGGGCUGUUGGCCAUGCCGAAGGACAGAGCCAUCGACGCUUUUCUCGGCACUCUGGCAGAUGCAGUUCGCUGGAUUGGGUUAACUGACAUCGACAGCGAAGGGCAGUGGGUAUUUGAGGAUGGCCGAACUCUGUCGUCAACUGGAUAUGCCAACUGGGCUGACGAUGAGCCAAACAAUUUUGGCGGUCGACAACACUGUGUCGUAAUUGAAGAAACUGGCAAAUGGAAUGAUAAAUUAUGCAGCCAAAUCCAAGGCUUCAUAUGUCAGAUGGAUGAAGGUCCCUACGGUAGGCUUGGAUGUUGGACUGACAGUGGUGAUCGCGCCAUUCCAGUCAAUCUGGAAGGGACAGAUCCCCGACUGGAUGGAGCUUUUCACUCUCGGCUGAACGCCAUUGAGAAGUGUUACCGGGUGGUCAAGUCCCGUGGGUUCCAAGUUUUCGGUGUUCAAGACGGGGGCCAGUGUUGGUCGUCUGCACCGGGAGGAGAGGCCUACAAGAAGCAUGGACCGUCCACCGCAUGUGCUGAAGAUGGGAAGGGCGGCUCAUGGGCAAAUGAAGUCUAUAGAAUCAUACGUGUCCCAUACAGAAGUAUCGGCUGUUGGGGUGAGGAUAGCCCUAAGGCGAUCCCGAGUCUGGAAUUGACGGACCCCCGCCUGGAUGGAGACUACCAAACUCGCGCCAACCCCAUCGAGAAGUGUUACUGGGUGGCCAGGGAACGGGGGUUCCCCAUGUUUGCCAUCCUGGACGGGGGUCAGUGUGGCUCAUCAGCAACAGCGAUGGGAACGUACCAACUGCACGGGUUGGCUGAUAACUGUGUUAACGGAGAAGGAGCAUCGGAUGCCAAUGAUGUCUACGAAAUCGUUUACGACGAGCGCUGCCCCGAUGGCUAUACGUUAUUUGCCGAGGACUGCUUCAAGGUAUUUCCCGACACAAAAACGCACUCGGACGCACAGACACACUGCAACAAUGAGGGUGGCAGCCUGGCGAUGCCCAAAGACGAAGCAACCCACCAGCUACUCGAGUACCUGUUGGAGAGAGAAAAGGCUGCAGGGUCCUUCGUUGGUUUGAAACGAGUCACCGGCACUGACAGUUGGAGAUGGGAGGAUGGAAGUGACUUGGGCAGUUUCAGUAGCUGGAAGACUGGAGAGCCAGAUGGUCAGGACUGUGUGAAGUAUAACAGCGACCGCAACUGGGUUGACAUCACGUGUUCACAGAACCUCGGCUUUAUCUGUCAAGUACCACAAGCCUCUGAGUGGCGGCAGCUGUUCGCAACAGCACGUGGUACGGGACAGAAAGUCUUCGAUGCAUGGAGUGCGGAUUCUGACACCGCGGUCCAGCACGACAAAAGCCCCCUUGUUGAGCUGUGGUCGUACCUGGGCAUCAGUAAGGUUAAGGUCGUGUUGGAGUCCACAUCUGGGGAUGUUACGCUGACCUUCGACGGACAAAACACCGACAAGUACAGCUGGUUCUCCAAGUCUCGCCUGAUCUCAUCACCAUGGACUGAUCUGGACACUGAGCCAAUAGACACAUUUUCCAUCCACGACGAACCCAGUCAAAGGAGUUUCCUCAUCAGUCGGAAUCAUGCUGUCUGUGGAAGCGCCCGUGGUUGGUUAAGUUUGGCUGAGGGUGGAACGUCUGCUACUUGUACGUGGGAACAGACACCCAACGAUGACGUUCCGGCCAUUCUCUACUCCACUGCCACUAACAACGUUGCUUGGAGUGCAGGCGACUCUACAGUUGGGAGAGCCGAUCGUAUGGUCAUCUACGUCACGACCGUCAAGCACUGUCCGGAUGGCUAUACACCGUUCACCGAGGCAUGCUACAAGAUAUUCACCGAUGAAAAACAGUACACGGAUGCCCAGACUCACUGUAACAAUGAAGGUGGCCAUCUAGCGAUGCCCAAAGACCAUGCUACCAGCAGUCUACUUUCCUACCUAGCGAGGCAAGGAAAUCCUGGAGUACAUUACUACAUCGGCUUGACGGCCGACGGUAACACUUGGAAAUGGAGCGAUGGGAGUGAACUGGUCGGCUUUAGUCAUUGGGCAGAGAAUGAACCAAAUGUUGCGAGCGAGGAAUGUGUUGUCCUACUUAAAGGUUCCAACUACCAGUGGGCUGAUGUACAAUGUUCUAACUCCUAUGGCUUCAUCUGCCAAGUACCAGCAUCUGAGUGGCAACAAGUGUUUGCAACAGUACCUGGUACAGGACAGACAGUCUAUGAUGCUUGGAAUGCAAGCUCUGACACCCCGGUCCUCCAUUACAAAAGCAACCUUGUAGAUCUAUGGGCGUCACUUGGCAUCAAAAAGGUGAUGGUUGUGUUGGAGUCCAUGUCUGCGCAUGUUAAACUUGUCUUCAACGGACAAAACACGGACAAGUACAGCUGGUUCUCCAAGCCUCGCCUGAUCUCGUCACCGUGGACCGACCUGGAAACAGAGGCGAUAGAAACAUUUUCUAUCCUGGAUGAAUCUAGCCCCGAAUCCAGCCGAAGGAGUUUCUUCAUCAGUCGGAACCAUGCUGACUGUGAAAGUGCUGGUGGUUGGUUAAGUGUGGCCGAGGCUGGGACUUGCACAAUGUGGGAACAGACAUCCAGCGGUGACGCCCCGGCUAUUCUCUACUCCACUGUCUCCAAUUACGUCACUUGGAAUAGUGGUUGUAUGGUGGCAGGCUAUGUUCGUUUUAAUGGCAUUUGCUACAAGAGCUUUGGGGAUCGUGUGACAUGGGAUGAGGCAAAGCAGACGUGUGCGGCAGACGGGGGCAUUUUAGCCAUGCCGAAGGACGAUGCCACCAAUACUUUCCUCGCUAAUCUAGAAGAAGUAGUAGGGGGUCGUUGGCUUGGGUUGACUCAUCCCAACAGCGAUGGCCAGUGGGUAUUUGAGGAUGGUCAAACCCUGACACCAUCAGACUUCUCCAACUGGCGUGCCGGUACACCGGAUAUCAGCGCCCAUGGCUGUGCAGGAUUUUAUGGGGAGACAAGAAAAUGGGCCCCAAAAACCUGUACUGAAAAUAAACCAUUCCUCUGCCAGCUAAAUCAGGUUGAAUCCACUGUUGGGAGUGCCCACCGCAUGGUCAUCUACGUCACGACCGAAACUGGACCUGUCCGUGACCACAGAGGAACUGAGUUUAUCCUGGCAUUCACGGAGAACUCCCAACGUGAUGGGGAGGUGCCGAGACUGUACAUCACUGGUACCGGCACCACCUCAACCCGCGUCACCGUGACUGUGCCCGCCACGAGUUUCAGAUCAUCCGUCAGCAUUACGUCUAGUCAGGUGACAGAAGUGCAGCUGCCCCCUAGCGGCGUGGAGAUGAGCGGCAGUCAGAAGGGAAAGUGGGCCGUGUCCGUCACAGCCGACGACGAGAUUAUGGUCUACGGUGUGACAAAAGGAGAUGGCUACCUGGCACUGCCCACUGAUGUCCUCGGGAAGGAGUAUUUCGUACCUUGUAGCACUGUCGGUUCAGUUUCCAGAUCUGUAACAUCAGGAGAAGGGAUGUUUAUGAUGAUGGCCAUGGAAAUGGCUAUGAUACCCACAGAGAUCCACGGGCAGGAAGACCAAGUUAUCCUGCAGAGAGAUCUCAUCGCACUACAGGAUUGGGCAACUACAACAUGUACUUGGGGCAUGAAAUUCAACCCUAAGAAGUGCAACACGAUGUCCAUCACGCGUAACAAGAACCCUCUCACUUGGAUGUACGAGAUGUGUGGCGAGUUACUCCAACAGACAGAGAAAGCCAAGUAUCUUGGUGUCACUUUCAGUAAUGACCUGAAAUGGUCAUCUCAUGUCAACACAACAGUGAAACGAGCCAACCAUACACUUCACUUUCUCAGUCGAAAUCUCCGCUACUGUCCUCGACAAGUCCGCGAGACUGCAUACUUCAGCCUAGUCUGCUCCACCGUCGAGUAUGGGUCAGUCGUCUGGGAUCCUUACCUGAGAAAGGACAUCGACGCACUUGAAAUGGUCAACAGAAGAGCGGCACGGUUCGUGACGAAGUUUGGCAUUGUUGGUGUCGAGGAUGGCACGACUGUGAACAUCAUCCCGACCGUGUACGUGGCGUUGGACGGCCAGAACUACAAUGCCGGACAGACCAUAACCGUCACGUUGAACAAGAUGGAGUCCCUACAGCUACAGGCGCAGUUUGAUCUGACUGGAUCAAAGGUCACAUCUGACAAGCCGGUGGCGGUGUUCAGUGGGAACAAGUUCAAAGUGGCAUUCGAUGUGUCUGGAAACGGAGGACAGGUUGUGGAGAUGAUCCCCCCUGUGGACACCUGGGGUAGGGAGUUUAUCGUCUUGCCACUCAACGACAGCAUUGGUGAGAACAGGAUCCGUGUCUUGGCCGCCAGAGACAAUACUGAGGUUAGGGUGACUGGACAAAGCACAAGGACACUGGCUGCUGGUGAGGACUGGCAGCUGAACAUACCGACUGACCAGUACAUCCAUGUCUCCGCCACAGCGCCUGUCCUGGUGGUACAGUACAGGAUCAAGGAGAACAACGACAUCCCCUCGGACUCUUUUAUGAUGGUGGUCCCGCCGGUUUCGCAGUUCAUGACGGAGUACAUUUUCACAGCAGCAGAAUCUCAUCCUGACCUUGAGCAUCACCUCAACAUCGUCAUUGAGACGUCAGAAAUAAGUGGACUACGAUUGGACAGUGCUGCUCUUGACAUUGACUUGAACUGGACCGCGAUUCCCAAUACAGUCAUGUCAGCAGCACGUGUUCACAUCCAAGGUGGCAUCCACACGUUGGUCCAUACCUCUCCUAUUGUACCGUUUGGUGUCACGUGCUACGCGUACACAGAGAACGGUGCGUAUGGGUACCCAGGAGGCUUCCGUCUCGCUGAUGUAACCUCGUCGUGUGCCAGGUCUUUGCCCAUCGCAGGUGACGAUAUGGACAAUGACUGUGACGGUACGAUUGAUGAAGAGCUUCUGAAUGAGUGGGACGAUGAUGGUGAUGGGAGGGUUGACGAGGAUUUAGCAGCUGAUGGAAUUGUGUACCUGACAACAGUGGAUAGUUUUACGUUCUACAAGGUCCCCGUCACAGGAGUGAUGAAGUCAGCAAACGUGAAGGCCACGUGUGAAGCUGUAAAAAUGAGCUUCCCCUGCUACUAUACGACAAGCAAACACAAUGAAUGGACAGAAGGUUGUAUUGAACAUAGCGAGCAAGACAGUAAUCAGCACACGUUUAAGGUACUGUCUGAGAAAAUGUGUGGCAAUAGUUUGGAGGCUAGUUGUCUGCCGCUUGAUGGUGUGUUUGCAUAUAUGCCUGAUGACUGGGAGGAUGGUAGCGCCAAAGGGAUUGACAUUAGCACCAACGCUAAUCACCUAAAGGGGAAAGACUAUUACAACAAGUAUGCCUUGUGUAGUGGCAAUAUUGAUUUAUGA